AUGGCGGACACAGAUGGGGUGUAUCACCGCACCACGCUUCCACCGGGCAAGAUGCAGCCGAAGGUGUGGGAGCGGCAGAAGCAGAUCACGCGGGAGACGCUGCCCCCGCAGUUCGUGGAGCUGGUUGAGGAGACGACGAAGCCGCUCGUGCAGGUCAUUACGGACGUGAUCUCCCCUCAGAACGAGUUCUGCGGUGGCAAGGUGGUGCUUAUCGGAGAUGCGCUGGCGGGGUUCAGGCCGCAUAUUGCGGCUAGUACAAGCCAGGCGGCGUCUGACGCCAUGAAAUUGGCGGACAUGCUGGAGGGGAAGAUUGGGAGGGAACAGUGGAGAGAGGAGUCGAUGCGGUUUGCGAGGGUGGUCCAGGAGAGGGGAUUGCAGAUGGGGGAGAGGAGUCAGUUUGGGAGACAUCCGUUGAGUGGGCAUAUUAGGGACCGGAACACGGCGUCGAAGAUGUAG